AAGCAUAAACCACAUCAUCCACCUCACCCUCAAGAUAUCCCAAAAAUAUAAUUCCACAUUUCUCCCUCAACUCUCUACCAAUUGAAACUUCAACAUUCUGUGAGAAAAUGGCACAAGCAAUGGCUUCAAUGGCUGGCUUACGUGGCUCCUCUCAGGCCGUCCUGGAAGGUAGCCUCCAGCUGAGUGGUUCAAGAGCCUUGAAUGUGAACAGCAGCACCAAAGUAGCGAUGGGUCGAUCUGGUUUCAGUGUUAGAGCACACCAAGGAUCAAAUGAACCCGAAACGAGCCGCCGGGCUAUGAUUGGAUUGGUUGCCGGUGGUUUAGCUUCCGGCUCCUUCGUUCAAGCUGUACUUGCUAAUGCUCUUUCCAUCAAGGUCGGCCCACCUCCUCCCCCUUCCGGCGGAUUGCCUGGAACUCUAAACUCGGACGAGCCGAGAGACCUGAACUUGCCAUUGAAGGAAAGGUUCUUCCUGCAACCACUCUCUCCAAGUGAGGCUGCACGGAGGGCGAAGGAAUCAGCCAAGGACAUUCUUAAUGUGAAGGGAUUGAUAGACAAGAAGGCAUGGCCAUAUGUCCAAAAUGAUCUCCGUCUGAAGGCUGAGUAUCUCCGCUAUGACCUCAACACUGUGAUUUCUGCUAAGCCCAAAGAUGAGAAGAAAUCCCUCAAGGAUCUUACUGGAAAGCUCUUCCAAACUAUUAGCAGUUUGGACCAUGCGGCAAAGAUUAAGAGCACCCCUGAAGCGGAGAAGUACUAUGCUGAAACUGUAUCUACUCUCAAUGAUGUUCUUGCCAAGCUUGGUUAAGAGAAAUUAUUGUAAUUUCAUGUAAGAUGAUGUAUUUAUCGUUUUGUGAGACAAUUCCUGUGAAUUCUAUUGGAAGGGAUUCCAGUUCAAAAACUUUCACUUUCCGAUUUUGGAUUGCAGAGAACAAGAUGGGAAAACCAAUGGGAAAAAGGAUUUCAAGAUUUUGGUA